AGAAGAAAAAAAAAAAAAAAAAAAAAAAAAAGAAAUGGAGGUUGUGAAUAAUAAUUACAAGCAUGGGGAGGACGAUGAUGCAGCUGUCACGGCAUUGGCCGCUUGCGGUUCUUACAUACUGGAGAUGGUUCUGUACGCCGCCGUCGAGCUCGACAUUUUUGAGAUCCUCUCCCGCGCCGGCGACGGGGCCCGCCUCUCGACCUCCGAUAUCGUGUCUCGACUUCCGACCCCCGCCGCCGAUGGAGCAGCCGUCGUGCUCGACUCCAUGCUGAAGCUGUUGGCAACUCACUCCUUGCUUAUUUGUGAGAAUAUUGGCGGUCCUGACCGCCGGUAUGGGAUUGCUCCGGCCGGAAAGUUCUUCGCGAAUGACGACGGCGGCGCGUCGUUUUGUCAGUACCUGUUGUUCCGUCCCGAAGGACCAUCAACGGUGCCAAGGUUGAAAGAUGUAAUUGUGGAAGGAGGUAAUUUAUCUGAAAAGCUAUAUGGGAAAUCAUAUUACGAGCAUUUGAAUAGUAACACGGAAAUAAGUAAUAAGUUUAACGAAGCGAUGAGGUCGCACUCAGCUGUACUAAUGAAAAAGGUCGUUAAAACGUACCGAGGUUUCGAGGGUUUGAGCUGUCUCGUUGAUGUAGGCGGUGGCACCGGUACCGCUCUUGCUACUAUCAUUUCCAAAUAUCCUUUUAUUCGCGGCAUCAAUUUUGAUUUGCCCCACAUCGUCAAAACCGCGCCAUACUACAACGGCAUAGAGCACAUUGGUGGAGAUAUGUUUGUUCAAGUACCAAAAGGAGAUUCCAUUUUGUUGAAGUUUAUACUGCACAACUGGAGUGAUGAGGCAUGCGGGAAGUUGUUGAAGUGCUGCUACAAAUCACUGCCAAACAAAGGAAAGUUGAUAGUUAUGGAUUCGAUUAUGCCAAACACAACUCAGACCGAUAUUCAUGCGAUGUAUGCCUCUCAAAUGGACUUUGUAAUGACAGCUAUGUUUGGAGGUAAAGAAAGGACACAGGAUGAAUUUCAAGACUUGGCUCUUCAUUCCGGUUUCGGAGAGUUUAAGGUUGUCUCUUACGUGUACGGGAUGUGGAUUAUGGAGUUCAUUAAGUAAUUUAUUUAACCACCGACUCUGGGUGCGUUUAAUAAUGGUGUAUUUAGCCAGAUCACAGGACUAAGACUAGAAUAAAUAAAACCUUUGUCGAUCUUUUUCGUUGCUUUUUUUUUUUUUUUUGCUCUAAUGCAUCUGUAAUAGCAUUUCCAUAUAACAUUCGGUACAAGUUUAAUGUAAGGAAAAGUUUGCUAAAGCUCCCUCAAAGCGAUUUUGUAAACUUAAAG